CCAGGGCCGGCCAGGAUCCACAUCCAAAUGAUGGAGUCCGCCAACCGAACGCCUGCGAAGCUCGGCCUCCUGGUCCUGCUCUACUCCUCGCUGCUCCUCAACGCCCUCUUGGUCGCACGCCACUUCCUCCUCCUCGAAGGCUCGUCCCCGCUCGGCGCGGCCAGCGGCAACGACGACGCAUUGAGCUGGACGCUGCAGGCGGCCAGGGAGGCCGAGGCCGUGGCCGCGGCGGGCUGCUCCGGCCACGGGCGCGUGUUCCUGGAUGGCAUCGUGGGGGAGGACGGGAGGCCCGGCUGCGAGUGCAACACCUGCUUCGAAGGGCCGGAGUGCUCCGUCCGGACGCCCGACUGCACGGUCGACGCCGACAGCGGGGACCCCGUGUUUCUGGAGCCGUACUGGAUGCGGCACGCGGCGGCGAGCGCCGUGGUGUACUCCGGGUGGCACCGCAUGAGCUACAGAACCACCAACGGCGUGUUCCAAUCCGUCGAGCUCGAGCGCGCUAUCAAGCAGCUGCACAGGGCCGUCGGCAACGCCGUCGCCGAUGACAAGCACAUGGUCUUCGCCACCGGCUCCGUCCAGCUCAUCAACGCGCUCAUCUACGCCCUGUCCCCGGACAGCAACGCCGGCGCCACGGCCAGCGUCGUCGCCACAACGCCCUACUACCCGUCUUACAGAACGCAGACCGUGCUGUUCGACGGGAGGGAGUACAGAUGGGACGGGAACACGGCUAUCUGGGCCAACGCGACGUCAGGGAACUCCUCCGCCGGCAAGGACAACAUCAUCGAGUUCGUGACGUCGCCCAACAACCCCGACGCCCUGCUCCGGAAGCCCGUCGUCCGCGGGGCGUCGGCGGUCGUCGACCACGCCUACUACUGGCCGCAUUUCACACACAUCCCCGCCCCCGCCGACGAGGACGUCAUGCUCUUCACCAUCUCCAAGGUCUCCGGCCACGCCAGCAGCAGAUUCGGGUGGGCGCUGAUAAGGGACGAAAAAGUGGCCAAGAGGGCAGACACCUACAUCCAGCAGAGCACCUUGGGCGGGUCCCGUGACACCCAGCUCCGGAUGCUCAAGAUCAUCAAGCUCAUGCUGGCCAACCUGCACGGCGAGGAGGACAUCUUCAGGUUCGGGCACGACGUGAUGAGAGCCAAAUGGCAGAAGCUGAACGCCGUCGUGUCGCGCUCCCGCCGGUUCUCGCUGCAGACGAUCCCUCCCCAGUACUGCACCUAUUUUAACAAGACCAGAGAACCAUCCCCAGCUUAUGCAUGGGUGAAGUGCGAGAGGGAGGAGGAUUAUGACUGCUCCGACGUCAUGCUCAAGGCCAAGAUUAUCACACGCUCCGGCGUCUGGAACGACGCCAGCAGCCGGUACACGAGGAUCAGCCUCCUCAAGUCACAGGACGACUUCGACUUGCUCCUCGAGAGGGUCACGGAGCUCGUCGACGCCGAGAAGAACAACGCCGCUGCUGCUGGUUCCAACUCAAUGUAAACAUGCAGCAGCUAUAUGAUCGGAUUGGACGGACAUUAUACGUACCAAAGUUAGUUACUAUGUUCGGUGGUCAGCUUCGAUCAAGGUGAUCGAGUAGUAGUACACGUUGUGGAUAGGGACGGAGCAGUUCUGGAACUAUCAGCUAUGCGUUGAUUGUUCUCAGUGUGUCAUAAGCAACAAAAUGAAAUAACAUUGGUGGAGUAUUUGCUAAGCUGUGUCUUGAGAAAUUUUAAUAUU